GUUUCUUCACUUCAUUUCUCUCCCAGUUGCCCAGUGGGACAGUUGGGUCUCAGCACCUCAGCACCAUCAAAAACCACAAGACAACCAAGUAGUCAACCAGCCAUGAGUAAGUCCUACUCUUCUUCAGCCCAGUCGGCUUCCUCAUACCGUCGCACCUUCGGCUCUGGCAUCGGGUCAUCCCCAAUGUCUUCCCUCUUCUCUUCUGGAGGAGGUGGUCGCAGCGCCGCUUCAAGCCACAUGUCCUCCCGAGUCUAUGAGGUCAAGAGCGGCAGCCUUCCCUCCUAUUCCAGCUUCCGGGCGUCUGGUGCUGGAGGAGCAGGCUACGGCUCCUCUUCAGCCGUGCGCACCUUUUCCGGAGAGAAACUCGACUUCAACCUGGCUGAUGCCAUGAACCAGGACUUCCUCAACACAAGGACCAACGAGAAGGCCGAGCUCCAGCACCUCAACGACCGCUUUGCCAGCUACAUCGAGAAGGUGCGUUUCCUGGAGCAGCAGAAUGCAGCACUGACGGUGGAGAUUGAGAAGCUGAGGGGUCGCGAGGGCCCGGGGCGCGUGGCUGAGCUGUAUGAGGAGGAAAUGAGGGAGCUGAGGAGACAAAUAGAAGCCAUCUCCAACCAGCGUGCCCGUGUGGAGGUGGAGAGAGACAACCUGGCUGAUGACCUGCAGAAACUUAAGCUCAGACUGCAAGAAGAGGUUCACCAAAAGGAAGAGGCUGAGCAUAACCUUUCUGCUUUCAGAGCCGAUGUUGAUAAUGCUACUCUGGCCAGGCUGGACCUGGAGAGACGCAUUGAGAGUCUGCAAGAGGAGAUUGGCUUCCUCAAGAAGAUCCACGAAGAGGAGAUCCGUGAGCUGCAGAGUCAGAUGCAGGACACUCAGAUCCAGGUCCAGAUGGACAUGUCUAAGCCUGACCUGACUGCUGCUCUGAGGGACAUCCGCGUGCAGUACGAGGGCAUCGCCGCCAAGAACAUUGCAGAGGCCGAAGACUGGUACAAGUCCAAGGUGUCUGAUCUGAACCAGGCUGUGAAUAAGAACAAUGAUGCACUGCGUCAGGCCAAGCAGGAGUCCAUGGAGUACAGGCACCAGAUCCAGUCCUACACCUGUGAGAUCGACUCACUCAAGGGCACUAACGAGUCUCUGCUGCGCCAGAUGAGAGAUAUGGAGGACCGCAUGGGCCGUGAGGCGUCUAAUUACCAGGACAGUAUCGCACGGCUGGAGGCAGACAUUGCUAAGAUGAAGGAUGAUAUGGCUCGUCACCUGAGAGAAUACCAGGACCUCCUCAAUGUGAAGAUGGCCCUUGAUAUUGAAAUCGCCACCUACCGCAAGCUGCUGGAGGGAGAGGAGAGCAGGAUCACCACCGCCGGCCCUGUCCAGACUUCUUAUUCUUCCAUUGGAUUCAGAGAGACCAGUCCUGAGAGCCAGCAUCAGCGCUCCUCAGAGGUUCACUCCAAGAAGACUGUUCUCAUCAAGACCAUUGAGACCCGCGAUGGAGAGGUUGUCAGCGAGUCCACACAGCACCAGCAAGACAUCAUGUAAACAGGAGGAGGCAACCUUGUAAACACUAUAUAUAAUAAAUUAACAAAAAAAAAAAAAAAAAUAGUACAAAAAUCUCCAUUUUCCUACCGCAACUAUGACAAUUUAUAAGCUGAGCCUAUUUUUAGUAACAAAAUGUUGACCAUUUCAGCUGAUCUCAAACACAAAUACAAAAUUUUAGUAAAUACAACCAGUAUGCAUCCAUAGACAAUGUCUAUAUUAUCAUAAACAGGAUAGAUGCAGUAUGGAGGCACAAUGCAAUGCCUUUAGCUUGGUUUUAAAUAAAGGUCAUUCCAGGAAUUAUGCUUUAUUUGUGUUAUUUUCCUUCUCUCGGAAAACACCUGAACUUGUCAUAACUUGUCUGCAAAAAUAAUUCAGUGGCAAUAGUAGAAUUUCAAAUGAACAACAAGGUCAUGUGCAGCUAUACUGACCCAGUAUCUAAAGGGAAGUCUGCAAGGUGCAAGACAGAUCGAUGGACCAGAAACACCAGGUCACAGACGUAAAUUCUCACUGCACAUAUUCCACGUCUUUCUGUGCAAAUGUACAGGUACAAGUACAUGACUUGACUAAGAAGGGCUUUUAUUUGUGUGACCGAUUUUUAAGAAAGUGAGAUGUUGGUUUGAGAAAUGUCAGAAACACAGACACCUAAUGGAAAAGGAACUCGGUCGUAUUUGAAGUUUGAGCUCAAUAAGCAUGUUUGAUUUGUAUGAGUAUGGGUGACCAUGUUAUGCUGCUUCACUGUGCAAAGAAUCUCAAAUAAAGACAUUUGUUAUCACAGUUUGUCCCCUGA